AUGGGUAUCACACGUGACAGCUGGCACAAGAGACGCGCUACCGGUGGAGCUCGUCCUCAACCUCAUGACAAGAGAAAGCACGAGCUUGGCCGCCCAUCGGCUAACACCAAACUCGGAGCCAAGAGAGUUCAUCAAGUCAGAUGCCGUGGAGGAAUCAUCAAGCAUCGCGCUUUGAGGCUCGAUGCUGGAAACUUCUCGUGGGCUUCGGAAGGAACUGCUCGCAAGACCCGUAUCUUGGACACAGUACGCUCGUCAAGGGGAGCCAUCGUCACCAUCGAUGCUCUUCCAUUCCGUCAAUGGUAUGAGAAUCACUACGCUCUCCCGCUUGCUCGCAGAAAGGGACAAAAGCCCACCGAAGAGGAACAAGCAAAGAUCGAUGAGAAGAAAACCGACGGAAAGUUGCCAAAGGAAUACAUUCUCCGACAACGAAAAGCUGCCAUCGAUCCAGCUGUUGCCGAACAAUUCCAAUCCGGAAAACUUCUCGCCCGUCUCUCAUCAUCUCCUGGACAAGUCGGUCGUGGUGAUGGAUACAUUUUGGAGGGAAAAGAACUCGAGUUUUACCUUCGUAAACUCAAGGCCAAGAAAGCUAAA